AUGGUCCGCGCCGAGCUUCAUCUUGCGAGUCUCCAAGACCUGCACCUCGAGCCGUUCCGCCUCUUCCCAUCGGCCCUGGUUCCGGUAUGUCGACGCCAGAUUGGCUAUGCUUGUCAGCGUAUCAGGAUGGUCCGCGCCGAGCUUCAUCUUGCGAGUCUCCAAGACCUGCACCUCGAGCCGCUCCGCCUCUUCCCAUCGGCCCUGGUUCCGGUAUGUGGACGCCAGAUUGGCUAUGCUUGUCAGCGUAUCAGGAUGGUCCGCGCCGAGCUUCAUCUUGCGAGUCUCCAAGACCUGCACCUCGAGCCGUUCCGCCUCUUCCCAUCGGCCCUGGUUCCGGUAUGUCGACGCCAGAUUGGCUAUGCUUGUCAGCGUAUCAGGAUGGUCCGCGCCGAGCUUCAUCUUGCGAGUCUCCAAGACCUGCACCUCGAGCCGUUCCGCCUCUUCCCAUCGGCCCUGGUUCCGGUAUGUCGACGCCAGAUUGGCUAUGCUUGUCAGCGUAUCAGGAUGGUCCGCGCCGAGCUUCAUCUUGCGAGUCUCCAAGACCUGCACCUCGAGCCGCUCCGCCUCUUCCCAUCGGCCCUGGUUCCGGUAUGUGGACGCCAGAUUGGCUAUGCUUGUCAGCGUAUCAGGAUGGUCCGCGCCGAGCUUCAUCUUGCGAGUCUCCAAGACCUGCACCUCGAGCCGUUCCGCCUCUUCCCAUCGGCCCUGGUUCCGGUAUGUCGACGCCAGAUUGGCUAUGCUUGUCAGCGUAUCAGGAUGGUCCGCGCCGAGCUUCAUCUUGCGAGUCUCCAAGACCUGCACCUCGAGCCGUUCCGCCUCUUCCCAUCGGCCCUGGUUCCGGUAUGUCGACGCCAGAUUGGCUAUGCUUGUCAGCGUAUCAGGAUGGUCCGCGCCGAGCUUCAUCUUGCGAGUCUCUAA